GUACGUCGUUCUCCGCUUCGCUUGUGCUCGGAAUACGGCGGGAUUCACUGCUCAAUAGAAUACUGUCGCUCCUUAUCAUCAAUUGAUUGCCAACUUCUGUGCGAUCUUACGUCCACACAAUGCCUGCUCCCAAUCCCACCGGCUUUGACAUCAACGAGUUCAAGGCCGCGGCCAACCCGCGGUCGGUUUGGGCCAAGAGGGACCCAUGGGCUCGACAUGAGGCGUGGAGGUACACCGGUCCAUUCAGCCGCUUCAACCGAUUCAGGAACAUUUUCCCUGGCUUCGGUAUCGCUACCGUUGCGUUCGCCGGCUACUGCGCCUACGAGCACUUCUUCAUAAAAGACGAUCACCACCACGGCGAUAGCCAUCACUGAGGGCAAGGGAAGACAAGACGUUAUGAGUCAGAAAUAGACGUGCCCUAAGAGCGGAGGAUACCCCGGCUUUCUUACGGAACCCGGGCUCGAUCUAAAGGCAGUUGGCGCGCCAGGUAC